UUUUUCUACUCGGCGCGCGCGCUGCCAAAAAGGGCAGAUAAGUGAUGCGAAAAUUGUCAAGCUGCGCCAACCGCGAGCUGCUGUCGCUGUCGUUGUCGUUCCGUCUGUGUUUCUGCGCCGUCAAAGUGCCGUCGUCGCCGUCCUCGUCGCGAUGUCGAGCACGCUGGAAAACCAGAUUUUAAAUCUUCAGGAACGACUCAGGGCGGAGAAUCAGCUGAGGGACAAGGACAAACAACAGGGCAGUGAGAUGCAACAACAGCAGCAGCACCAGCACCCCUGUUUGAGUCCUGCUCUUGCAAGGCCCAAACAACUUGGUGACAUGGGAACUCCGACAAGACCUAGAAGGCAGCUGGAUCUGCCGGUUUCGCAUAUGAUACCAUUUAAAAGACACGAUGGCGAAGUUGAAUCCAAAUUACAAGAGAUUAUGAAAAUGAAUGGUAUUCUCACUAUCAAUGGUCAGAAAUAUCAUACAGACAUGAAAGAUCUGGAGCAUUUGGGAGAACUUGGUAAUGGCACUUGUGGGCACGUUGUCAAAAUGAGGCAUAAGCCUAGUGGAGUUGUCAUAGCUGUAAAACAAAUGCGUCGAUCAGGAAAUGCGGAUGAAAAUAAAAGAAUAAUUAUGGAUUUGGACGUAGUUCUGAAAUCUCAUGAUUGUCCAUAUAUUGUGCAAUGCCUUGGCUGUUUUAUUACUGAAUCCGAUGUAUGGAUUUGUAUGGAAUUAAUGGUUACAUGUUUAGAUAAGCUUUUGAAGAGGAGUAGACAAGCCAUACCCGAAGAUUUUUUGGGCAAAGUAACAGUAGCAACGGUGAAAGCUUUGUCGUAUUUGAAAGAAAAACACGGAGUUAUUCACAGAGAUGUUAAACCCAGCAAUAUUCUUUUAGACGAAACAGGUGGAGUUAAACUAUGCGAUUUUGGAAUAUCUGGUCGUUUAGUUGAUAGUAAAGCUAAGACGCGAAGUGCUGGUUGCGCUGCAUAUAUGGCUCCUGAAAGAAUAGAUCCACCGGAUCCUACAAAACCUGAUUAUGAUAUUAGAGCAGAUGUUUGGAGUCUAGGUAUUACGUUAGUAGAAUUAGCCACUGGAGUAUUUCCGUACCGAGACUGCAAGACUGAUUUUGAGGUACUGAGCAGGGUGGUACAAGACGAUCCUCCUUCUCUACCCUCUGAUGCACUAUUCUCAGCGGAAUUUCAAAGUUUUGUUAGUUGCUGCCUUACGAAAAAUUAUAAGCAACGGCCAAAGUAUAAUAAAUUAAUGGAACAUCCCUUUAUUCGAAAAUAUGAAGCUCAACAAGAUACAAACUCAUCGAUCCCCACCUCUGGUUGUCAGUGGUUUUACAGAGUUAUGCAACAACUUGAACCAAGUUUCAGAUUCCCAGGGACGUCACAACGACCAUCAGGUCACGUAUCCCUCAAGCAAACGGUACAUUUACGGAGCCAAAGUAACCAUCACCACAGCAGCAUAAGCAACGCCAAAGAACCCAUCUACACGAGCACGACGUGCCGUAGUGCAAUGGAAAACGGCGUCGGUUAUGUACCCUACAGUCCUUACGCAUUUCGGCGCCGGGAUAUGAUUCUCAGGCCGUACUCGCCCUCCUGUAGACAUGAGCUCAAUCGCCACCAGACGAGCAACGGCUGCAAGCCCGACGACUGCGCUAACGGCCGGCCCUACUCGCCCUACCGGGGCAGUCCGAACCUCGCGAAUCCCGAGGCCACAAGGUCUUACUCGCCAUACUGCAGCCGGCGCCUCGAGGAGAGAGACGGCAGCAGGGAGCGUUGGCAGAUGACCCCAAGGUCACUCAGCCCCUUCGCCAGAGACUAUUCCCCAUGGAGGCGCGAGAACGUCGAUCCCCCGGUCAUACAACUUCCAAGUUCGAGCGAGAGGUACUCGUCGUUGGUGCAGCAGCGCCUCGGGCAGAUCUCAAGAGUGCCUCACGCCCAGGAUCAAAAUGCUUAUGCCAGUCCCAUGGUUAGUCGUAAAAGGUUUCCUUCUGAACCUCCACCACAAGGAUCACAUAACUCAACCAGUCCUCAAUUACUUAUUUCCCGUUUCGCGCAUCAAUUAAAGCAAGAACCCCCCUCUACUGUUCCGCAGCUACUAUUAAAUAAUAAAGAAUCUGCAAAAAAACGUUUUACCUCAUACGUAAGACUUAGACUUGGCAGUGAUCGUGAACCCUCUCCGGAGCCUCCGCCAAGAUUCAAUCGAGGAGAAUCGCCACUUCUUUUGCGAAGAAAUUUGGGAGAGCCGGCCUCUCCCUUUUUUCCUAGAAGGUACGUCUCGCCCUCACCGCCGGUUCCACCACCCCGUCGACUAUCCGAGAGUAGCUCUGUGCCCGGAAGUCCUCAGCAUCUGUACUCACGGCUCCAUCACUACACGCCCGAGCCCCAGAGACGACCACCGCCUCCAUAACACAGUGGCAUUGCCGGCGCAAUCCAGUCUUUAUUCUCACCCGUGCCAUAUCUGACCAAGAGCAUGCAAUCGCGAUUCUUGCGAAAAGUCAGCGGUCAGACGUUGUACCCACGUUAACCAGUGCUUGGAGAUGGCGAUCCGAAGAGAGCCGCUGGGAGGACUGCGUAAUCGGGAAGUCCGGAGGCGGCUUACGCGCUGUGCGAAGUACUUUAACGUGGAAGAUGUAAUGACGACCACUUGGUACUUUCACGAGAUGCCUAAUUCGCAAUGACACUCACGUAAUUGAAGAGAAAGGGAGAAGCAAGCAUUUUUCUAAGACCGCCUACGAAUUAUAUAGUGUUUUUAUAUGCACUCGAGUAACCUUGAUAGAAUAUAUUUGAAUAAUCCGUUUACUUGCACAAGACUUUUGCCGCGG